UUUUUAGAGGGUGCCUCAAGACUGUCCAUAAUUUUAGAGGGUGCCUCGGGACUAUCCAUCAUUUUAGAGGGUGCCUCGGGACUGUCCGUAGUUUUAGAGGGUGCCUCGGAACUGUCCAUAAUUUUAGAGGGGUGCCUCAAGACUGUCCAUAACUUUAGAGGGUGCCUCGGGACUGUCCAUAGUUUUAGAGGGUGCCGUGGGACUGACCAUAAUUUUAGAGGGUGCCUCGGGACUGUCCAUAAUUUUAGAGGGUGCCUUGGGACUGUCCAUAAUUUUAGAGGGUGCCUCAAGACUGUCCGUAGUUUUAGAGGGUGCCUCGGGACUGUCCAUAAUUUUAGAGGGUGUCUCGGGACUGUCCAUAAUUUUAGAGGGUGCCUCAAGACUGUCCAUAACUUUAGAGGGUGCCUCGGGACUGUCCAUAAUUUUAGAGGGUGCUGUGGGACUGACCAU